AGAAAAAAAAAUACGACGUUGAUAUCAUCAACAAACGAUUGAUAUGAUAAAAACAGUGGCCAACACUAAAUAAAUGGCAUCAAGAAAUGAUUUCUAAGCAAAUUAUUCAAAUCAAAUUCGGUUUUGAUUGAAAAUAGAUUUGACAUUCAUAUCCAUUCAUCAUUGAUUGUUGAUGACGAUCAAAUGUGUCGGUUAUUUUUGUGUGUAUCUCCUCGGUAACCAAUGGCAACCUGAAUUUAAUAUUUUUUUUCCUACAUUUUCAAACGAAUCGAAAUUGAAUCAUUUAACGCGCGCGUUAAAUUAUUAUUAUUUGGAACACAUUCUUUGUGUAUGGUAUCCGAGAAACCAGUGGCCACUUUUCUUUGGCUGUAGCGCGAUCUUCUUCUCAUUGAAUCAAGCAAGAAACAAAAAAAUUUCAUCCACAUGAAUUCAUCAAUGUAAACAAACAAAAAAAUUUUUUUUUGUUUUUGUGUUGCCAAAUUUUUUUAGAGAAUUUUUUCAAAAAAAAAUGUGUGCCAAAUUAAUUGAAGCUUGAUAAUAUCCGAAUUUCAUCUACGAACAAUUGAUACGAAAAGCAUGACCAUCAUGAAAAUGUAUCAUCAAAGCAAUAAUAAUUGGUCAUAGAUAUUUAUUCAAUCGUUUUAUAUGAUAAUCAACAUUUAGCAGCUAUAAUUUUUAUAUAUAUUGAUCUAUCUAAAUGAUUUUGAUGAUCUCAUUCUCAUAACAAGCCAGCCAUAAUGAAUGAAAAUUUUAAAAUAUUACUUUUAUUUACAAUUUUAUUUUCAAUUCAUCAUUUACUAAUAACACAACAUCAAUCUGUUGAUGCAUUUAGUGGUGAUUUUUUAGGUCCCAAUGAUCAUCGUCUUAGUCAAUGGCUUAAUAUUAGAAAUUCAACAAUUGAAAAUAAAUCCAAUGUUCUUGGUGUAACAUUUUCCUAUAAUAAAUCUUUGAUUCAUUUUGUUAAUCUCAAUGAUAGCCAUGAGCAGCUUACAGUUCAUUGGGCCGGGAACAAUACUCCAGUUAUCAUAUGUUUGGCCAAAAAUCGUGCAAACAGUCGCCAAAAUCAAUCAUCAUCCAUAUACAUUUCACAUGAUUAUGGGCGAACAUUUUUAAUGGCUGAUUUGAAAACAAAUGACAAUCAAUCUGCAAUGAUGCAUACAUUCUACAUAUCACCAAUAUUGAAUUCAUUCUACGUGUUUGUUGAUCAACAAAAUCAACACAUCUUCAUCACUAAUGAUUAUGGUCGAACAUUUAAACGAAAUCGUUUACCUUUUACUCCGAAAAAAUUUCAACUACAUCCAACCGAACCAAAUCUAAUUCUUGCACAAUCAUCAAAUGAUGUUCUAUUUGUUAGUGAAGAUUUUGGCAUUACUUGGGAAGUAAUACAUUCAACUUCUACUGGUUAUUUUACAUGGACUAUACCAAAAAUUGAUCCAGCUAUAGAUUUUCGAACGAUUUUUGCACAACGUUUUGAACCUAAUGGUCAAUCAUCUUUAAUUGCAUUUCCUAGUGAUCAUCAUUUAAAACAUCAUUUCGUUCAUACCUGGUUACCAGAUGUGCAAAAAGUUUCCAUCCAAAAUCGUUUCAUAUUUGCAACUCGUCGAUUGAAUUUAUACACACAUAACAGCAACAAAAGUCAUUCUAUGCUUGAUUUAUGGAUUUCUAUCGAUCGUCAACCAUUUUUCAAAGUACAAAUAUUAGAUUCAGAUUUCGGUGAUAUGCUCGAACCUGUCAAUUAUUUUGUAGUCGAUAUAACCGAUGUGGCCAUCUUUCUUUGCGUCACUUUUCGAAAUGGUCAAACAAAUCUUUAUAUUUCAAAUGUUGAUUUCGAUAAAUUUACCUUAUCUUUGGAUAAUAUUGUCUUCUAUCAUCCAGAAUAUUCGGGACAUAUACCUGGAUUACAUUAUGAAAUAUCUAAAGAUCAAGAAUUUGCCGACAUACAUCGUGUGGCCGGCAUUCGUGGCACAUAUAUUAUUUCUAAAUGGAAAAAUCCACAACGUAAAUCUAUAUCGGAUAUUAUUACGUUGAUUACAUUCGAUAUGGGUAAUCGUUGGCAUACAUUGAAACCACCAACAAAAGAUGCAUUUGGCCAUCCAAUCGUAUGCAAUAUUACUCAUAAUAAUUGUUCAUUACAUUUAACGCAACGAUAUCUGUCAAUGAAUUCAAAUUCAAAACCAAUACUCACACGUGAAUCAUCGGUUGGAUUUAUACUUGCCACUGGUAUACUUGGUGAUUCAUUAAAAGGCAAACAAAAUCUUUAUCUAAGUCUUGAUGCUGGAAAUACAUGGCGUCAAAUACUUACCGGUAAUUAUCUCUAUGCAUUUGGAGAUUUCGGUAGCAUCAUAGUAGCCGUAGAACAUUUUUCAAAAGCCGGUCCAACCAAUGAACUCUACUAUUCAAUCGAUGAUGGAUAUUCAUUCACAUUGCUUAAAUUUCAUCCGAAUAAAAUUCGUGUAUACGGACUAUUGACAGAACCGGGAGAGAAAACGGCUACAUUUACAAUAUUUGGUUCUGCAGAAAAACGUCAUGAAUGGAUUGUUAUUCAGGUUAAUUUUACGGAAAUUUUCGACUCACCAUGUCGAAUGCCAACCGAUUAUAAAGAAUGGUCACCACAUGAUUUUGAAUCCAAAUGUUUACUUGGAUCUACACAAAUUUUUCUUCGACGUAUUCCUAGCCGAAAAUGUUAUAAUGGCAAUGAAUUUGCCCGUCCAGUCUAUCAGAUUAAUUGUCCAUGUAAACAUUCCGAUUAUGAAUGUGAUUUAGGUUACAUGCCAGUUACUAAAUCCAUUGGUUUUCAUUGUGAGCUUGUACACGAAUCAUGGCUUGAAUCGAUCAACUAUAGCAAUUGUUCACCUGGACGAAUGUUUAACAAGACUAAAGGUUUUCGUAAAUUACCUGGUGAUACUUGUGAAGGUGGUGAAGAAGAUUGGUAUUCACCACAUUUGCUUCCAUGUCCAUUCAAUACAACAUUAGUGCCUGAAUUCAUUCUAUUUAUUCAACGACAAGAAAUAUCAAUCAUUCCAUUGAAUGAUUAUGAAUUUACUAAAUUAACAUUAUUGCCUAAAUCAUUUUUAACGAAUGCUAUUGCAGCCGAUUUUGAUUACAAAAACAGUUGUCUUUAUUGGUCAGAUAUUCAUUCGAAUAGAAUCCUACGGUAUUGUUUCGAUGGUGAACAAUUACAACCAGAAACAUUGGUUGAAAUAGGUCUGGAUUCUGUUGAAGGUAUUGCAUUCAAUCAGAUUAAUGGUCAUUUAUAUUUUGUAAAUGGAAACAAAUCCAAAGUUGAAUUAAUCAACACAAGAAUCAAUUAUGAAGGUCGAAUGCGUCGAACAAUUUUAAGUGAUCCAAAUAUCAAGAAACCAAGAGGCAUUGCUAUUGAUCCGAUUGAAUGUUUUUUAUUUAUCACCGAUUGGAGUUUAACAUCGGCCAUCAUUCGAAGUGAUUUAGAUGGUAAAAAUGUACGCGUUUUAUUCAAUAGUAAUGUUGUUAAAUGGCCAAACGGUAUUGCUGUUGAUCAUCAGGCCAAACGAAUCUAUUGGGUGGAUGCUAAACAUGAUUAUAUCGCAAAUUCAUUAUAUGAUGGUACAGAUUUUAGAUAUCUUAUUCGUGGUGAACAAGCACCACAUCCAUUUGCAUUAGGCGUUUUCAAAGACAUGGUAUUCUAUGAUGAUUGGGUUCUAAAUAAAUUAAUAUUGAUCAGUAAAAACAAUUCCACCGUACGUAAAACAAUACUUGAAGAUGUUUCAAGUGCAAUGGAUUUAAAGAUUGUUACGAAUCAAUUUUCCAAUGAAACCAAUGUCUGUAAUUUGAAUGGUACUUGUUCACAUCUUUGUAUUGCUACACCGUUCAAUACAUAUCGAUGUUUAUGUCCUGAUGGAUAUAUUAUAACUCAAACACCAGAUGGUAAUGAAAAAUGUUCAUGUCCAUAUGAUCGUAUAUUGACAGCAACAGGUGCAUGUCGAUCAUCAUCACCGAAUGCGACUUGUGCAUCAAAUGAAUUUCAAUGUGAUAAUGGUAAUUGUAUAUCACGUUAUUGGAAAUGCGAUGAAGAUGAUGAUUGUAAUGAUGGAUCGGAUGAAAAAUAUUGUCAUAAUGAACAAUGUAAAUUAAGAGAAUUUCGUUGUAAAUCAUCUGGAAAAUGUAUACAAGAUUUAUGGAUGUGUGAUCAUGAACAAGAAUGUGAAGAUGGUAGUGAUGAAGAUUUAACAUUAUGUGCAUCAUUCUAUCAAAAAUGUAAUCCAUUAACAGAAUUUCAAUGUAGCAAUUAUCGUUGUAUUGAUAUAAGAAAUGUUUGCGAUUUUCUUGACCAUUGCCGUGAUGGUAGCGAUGAAAUUGGCUGUGCAUAUAGUAAUCAUUCAACCACUGAAAAUAUAACCCAAUGUGAAGAUGGACAUUUUCGUUGUAAUAAUGGUGAUUGUAUCCAUAAACAUUGGCGUUGUGAUGGUUAUUUUGAUUGUUUGGAUAAAAGUGAUGAAUUAGAUAAUUGUACAUCGGGAUGUACUGAAAUGGAAUUCAGUUGUCCAAAUAAUAUUUGUAUCGAUAAACUUUUUGUAUGUGAUAAUGAUCCAGAUUGUAUCGAUGGAAGUGAUGAAGCAAACUGUACUGAUGCUGGUAUCAUUACCAAUAUUACUGGUCAAGGAUCAUACGAUCCUGAACAUGAUCAUACCAACAACAACAACAACAAAAAUCAUGAUUCAUCAUUGAAAUGUCCAAAUAAUUCAUAUCAUUGUCAAUCGGAUAAUUUUUGCAUACCAAUCGAAUGGUUUUGUGAUGGUAACAAAGACUGUAUUGAUGGUACAGAUGAAUUAGAUUGUCCUGAAAUAAUAUCAUCAAACGAUAAGAACGAAAAUGGGUCCAACAUUGAAUCAACAAGCAUUUUAUCGAAUGGCGAUUUAAAAUGUGGUAAUAAUCGAUUUUAUUGUUAUAAAUCAAAUCAAUGUAUACUUCAACUUUUCGUAUGUGAUGGUCGACCGGAUUGCCGUUUCAAUGAAGAUGAACAAAAUUGUUUCAACGAUACGGAAAUUAAAUGUCCAGAAAAUUAUUUUAGCUGCCUAUUAAGUAUUGGUUGUAUACCACCAAGAAAAGUUUGUGAUGGUCGCCAAGAUUGUUUCGAUGGAAGCGAUGAAUGGGGUUGUCUAAAUUCCAAAGUAACUGUUGCACCUGUUUGUCUUGGAUACAGUUGUAAUGAUGGUGAAUGUAUUGAAUUAAAUCAACAUUGUGAUGGCCACCAUGAUUGUCUUGAUGGUAGUGAUGAAGAAAAUUGUGAACAAGCUAAAAUAUCUAAAGAUGGAUUACAAAUUUUUGUACAUUAUGAUUCAAUUCGUAUCGAUAGUUUUACUAUUUAUUGGCGUGUACAAUUGAAAAAUAUGUUCAAUCAUGUUUAUUCAUUUUUACCGGCAUGGAUUGAUGAACAUCAUCAUCAUCAUCAUUCAUCGACAAUAAAUAAUCAAUCUGCUUUUAAUGCCACAGAUUGGACUGAGAAUCAAAGCUAUACAUUUCAGAAUCUAACACCUGGCCAUACAUAUAAAGCAUUUGUUUACUAUAAAUUUUUAUCACCAAAUUCCACUGACAUUCAUGAAAACGAUACUCAGAUAUAUCCAUCAAAUAGUUUUGUAAUUGUAACAACGGAAUCUAUUUCACCGCCAGCACCUGAUAAUUUGACUGCAAAAAUUGUUGAAUAUAAUCAAGUAUUGUUAAAUUGGUCCAUACCACUAUCACCGACAUCAAUCAAAAGUUAUCGUAUAUAUCAAACACCACCAGAUCCACCAAUAACAUUUGAUAGUCAUUCUAAUCAGAUUCAAUUAUGUUGUUUUCAAACCGGUAUUAAUUAUACAUUCUGGGUUACAUCGUUGAAUAGAAAUCUAGAAAGCCAAAAUUCAAUAAAAAUUCCUUUAUCGAUUGGAUCGAUUGCAGCAAUCAAAAAUUUUACAGCAAAAAAUCAUACCAUCAAUUCGAUUGAAUUAUCGUGGCAAUCACAUCCGGAAAACAUUACUAAAUGGUUUAUUGUCUACACUUGUGAAAAAUAUUUUCCUUCGUUUUCACGAAAUUUAACCGUUGAAAAUAAUCGAAUAAUUGUGAACAAUUUAUCGCCUGGUGUGGAUUAUCGAUUUAAAUUAUAUCCCUAUAUUGAUGACCAAUUCUGGUUCGAUGGUAUCGAUAAUAAUGUUCUGGAUAUACGUACAUUUGGUUCACAAUUACCAUCUGUUUCUGUUCAAUACGAGGUUUCUGGUUCAAGAAUUUCUCUUUGGUGGCAAGCACCUCUUCGAAAAUCCAUUGAAUAUCUACUAAAUAAGGAUGAUAAAAAAACAAUUGAAUGGGAAUAUGCCAUAUAUGUUGGUGAUGAUGUUCAAAAUCUGCGAAUUUAUGCCCAAACUAAAGAUACGAAAAUUAUAUUGAAAAAUUUAUUCAAUUGUCAAAUGUAUACCGUACAGGUACGUCUAAUCAAACCGUUUGGAAUCGGUUCUGCAUCAUCAGACCCGCUACGAAUUAUAACGAAAUUUGAUCCAACAUCACCACCGCGAAGAAUUCAAUAUCGAGUUUCCAAUGAACUGGCCACCAGAUAUUCAAUCAAUUGGAAUGCUACAUGUCAAUCACCUAUACCGGAAAAAAUUGGCUAUAUUGUCAAUGUUUAUGAUUUAGUCAAUAAACGUUUGGAUCGAUUCCGAUUUCAACCAAAUCGUGAUACAUAUCAUUCAUUUGAUCUAAGCGUACAUUAUGGUGCAAUCUAUGAGAUAAAAGUGGCAACAAUCACCGGAAAUGGCAGAAUAUCAUCUCGAUGGAGUGAGAAAACAAUUUUAGAAGCACCAGCAAUGCCUACAGUCACGAAACCAUUUGCAUAUGUUAAUAAUAAAAAUCAAAUACAAGUCAUUUGGAAAAUGGUUGAUAAUUUUCCCAUAAAUGAUGAUUAUAAACAGCAUAGGAUCCAAUAUAAAGUCUAUUUGCAUGAUGAAAAAGAUGUACAAAAAGGACAUUCAAUACAAACAAAAUCACCGCCGGCUAUAUUCGAAACGAAAAUCAAAAAAGAUCAUUACUUUGUUGCCGUUUCAUUAAUUGAUAAUCAUGGUUAUUCGGGACCAAUUUCAGAAACAUAUAAGCUUUACACAGAAGAUUUCGCUACAACAUCAACAAUAACAACAUCAUCAUAUUUAUACCAAUUUGGCAUCAAAGAACUAUUUUUAAUAUUCAUCAUUAUAACCAUGUCCAUUUUCUUGGCAUAUAUGGCCGUAAAAAAUAUUGGAUCACGGCCAACAAUCUUAUUAUCGGCUGCAUUUGCCGGUAGCCGUUAUAAUUCUCGAUUAGAUUCGGCCACACUUUCAUCGUAUCAUAAUCUUCAAGUCGAAGACAAUCACGCCUAUUCGGAUGAUGAACCAUUGGUCAUUGCCUAGAUGAAUUUUAUAAUCGACAAUAUUUUUUUUUUGUUUCCAGAGGCACUAAAAAUGAUUGUGAUAACUACUAAUUUUUUUUCCAUAUUUGAAAUCAUUUAGCUUUCAUUUUUUUUACUGCUUUGAUCAGAAAAUCCCAAAUAAUUCAUACAAAUAAAAUUUUAUUUUGUAUUUUCAA